AUGAGCACUAGCUGCGCUAACGUUUAUCCAACACAUGAUUUUUAUGAAGAAAGAAAGGAAGAGCGUACUAGAAAGGUUCUGAUGCUUACCGCAGAAGAAUGCGCAGAAUUACCUUUCCGAAGAAUUUCUGCACUUGCAUUUAUUGUUAUUGUGCUUAUAUUUGGCUUACCAUUAUGGUGGCAAACAACUUCAACAUACCGCGCACCAUUUCGCACUUUUUCUUCUGAUCAGCAGAUCGUUUUACCAGUAUAUAUAUCAAUAGCUAGCUCACAUUCAUCUAUGAAAUCCCACAUUGGUCGGGCAAUUACUCUACUUUUGAAUGAACUUUCUGAGCUUCCAGUAAUCGAUCGACUACGCCUCAUAUUUAAAUUAAAUCAUGAAGAUAUGGAUGCUUUGGAAUUCAUUUCAAGAGCUAAUAAAGAGGUGAGUAAUUUGUUUGGGGUGCAUGUUGCUGUAAUUAAUGAGACAGUGUGGCCUUAUUCUGGAUAUACAACGUAUUUCGACGACCAAUGGACGUUUAUCUUGAACUGUGAGGAUGAGUCAAAACUUGCGCAACGUAUGUUUGAAGCCAUAACAGAUGUUCUUUUGGAUACCAGCCACCUUUCAGCAAUUGUAAGACGUGAUCUUAGGCAAGGAAUUCAGUCGUCGAAAGUUUCUGCCUUAUCAUCAAGACAGCAGAAACGUUUGAUUUGGGAUUCAGUCGCUUUAAGUGCUCGGUAUAUUGUGCAAGUGAUAUUUUUACACGCUGGUUAUAAUGAGAGCAGCGAACAUUAUUCGGCGGAGAAUAUUAUUUUGCAUGCACGCCGAUUUGCUGCGAAACUAGCGGAAGUAUCAGACUUGAUUAUCAGUUCAGAGCAUCUCUGGGAUUUUGACUUGACCGCAUGGCUGAAAAAAGAUGUGCAAGGAAGAAAUACCAUUCAGAUGGAUGACAUAUCACAAAUAGUUACUGCUAUUGAGCAGGAAACCAGCACCGUUGAGUCGUCUGCUCCAGUUAUGAAGUUAGUAGUCCUGGACGCACCCCAGCCGCUUGCUCUCCUUGAUUACAUGGGUGAUGAGAGCAAUGGUUUGGUUGUAGCUUCUUGGGGCGCUUUACUUUCCUAUGCUGGCCAAAGACGUUUGGCUGUCAAUCAGUCAGUAAUUGCUGCUAUGCGUGCUCUUUUUGGCCUUGAUACAGACUUACCGGUAUCAUCUGACCGGUCACCAUUGCCAGUGGCGAACUGGGAAAUUAAGCGUAUCAAAUUACGCUCAUUUGUCGAUUGUUCGAUAAAUGGGAUGUCGUCGGUUGCUGCAAUUCAUAAAUUAGUCUCACAGAUUGAUAACAUUGUCAUAAACGAAGAGAUGGCGAGUAAAACCAAUCUGGCGGUCGAGCUUAUUUCUCAGGCUCUUUUAACAGUUGAGAAAAUCGGCGAUAUUGAUGUUGCAUCGGUUACCCAAGGUCGAGCAUUGGCCGAAAGUGCUCUGAAUGACAAAAGUUUGCUCUCAUUGUUGUACUUCCCGAAUGACCAGAAAUUUGCAAUCUAUCUGCCAUUAUUCUUACCCACACUGUUACCGUUGUUUGGUUCAAUUUUGGCUUUAAAUAGAUAUUGGAUGGGUAAGGAUUAG